AUGGACAACAAGAACACAGCAGACCAAAAGCCUCCGCCGGCGCAGCAGUCACAGAAGAAUCAAUCGGCGGCGCAGAAGAGAGGCUUCAAGAUCCCCGCCCAGGUCGACACUUUCGAGGAAUGUUCAGCGGAGCGUAAAAAGCUCUCUGGAGACGCCGCAGGCAAGGCCGAGUUCAACGAGUUCUACUGGACCCUCGUUCGCGACAUGGCCAUCAUGGAAAACAACAUGGACGUGCAGCUCGAGUACCUUCGGGCUAUCAGGGAUGGGGAGGAUUGUCUGGAGAGAAGAGUAUUGCUCUUUCAGCCCCACAAUGCGUCUCCUGAGCAGGAAGCCGCGAUUCGGAAGGAGUUUCAAGAGGUAGCGGUGCGCGGAGAGAGGGAGAAGGCUAAAAGGGGUGAGGGUGUCGAUGAUCAUGCAGGUGGGAAGUGGUGGGAGAAGUCUGGUCGAUGUGUUGGUAUGUACAAGCUAGACGAGGAGGAGAAGUGA